AUGGCCUUCGCCGGCCAGACUCCUACUAUUGUCGUCCUCAGAGAAGGUACCGAUGCCUCACAGGGAAAGGGCCAGAUCCUCUCCAAUAUCAAUGCCUGCGUGGCGGUUCAGUCCACGGUUAAGAGCACUCUCGGUCCGUACGGAGGAGACUUGUUACUCGUUGAUAGCAACGGGAGGCAGACAAUCACAAACGAUGGAGCCACGGUUAUGAAGCUUUUGGAUAUUGUUCACCCCGCUGCCCGAAUCCUCACGGACAUUGCUCGUUCCCAAGAUGCCGAAGUGGGUGAUGGAACAACAUCAGUCGUCGUUUUGGCGGGUGAGAUAUUGAGGGAAGUUCGAGAGUUGGUUGAGCAGGGUGUGAGCGCACAAACCAUUGUCAAGGGACUGCGAACUGCGAGCAGAAUGGCCGUCAACAAAAUCAAGGAGAUUGCUGUGGACAUGAUCGACUCCUCUGACAGCGAGGAGAAGAAGGUGGAGACCCUCCGACGGUUGGCUGGUACUGCUAUGAACAGCAAGCUCAUCAAGCGGAACUCGGACUUUUUCACUAAGAUGGUUGUGGACGCGGUUCUUUCUCUUGAUCAGGACGACCUCAACGAGAAAUUGAUCGGUGUCAAGAAGGUCACUGGCGGUGGUCUCCAGGACUCUCUCUUUGUGAACGGUGUCGCUUUUAAGAAGACCUUCUCCUACGCCGGUUUUGAACAACAGCCCAAGUCGUUCAAAGACCCCAAAAUUGUCUGCCUGAAUGUGGAGCUGGAGUUGAAGAGCGAAAAGGACAAUGCCGAAGUCCGCGUCGAGCAAGUGUCCGAGUAUCAGGCCAUCGUCGAUGCAGAAUGGCAAAUCAUUUACAACAAACUCGAGGCUAUCUACAAGACCGGCGCCAAGGUUGUGCUCAGCAAGCUGCCAAUUGGCGACCUGGCUACGCAAUACUUUGCGGAUCGUGACGUUUUCUGUGCCGGACGUGUCGCUUCAGAUGAUAUGGACCGUGUCUGCCAGGCAACUGGCGCCGCCAUCCAGUCGACAUGCAGCGAUAUCCAGGAACGCCACUUGGGUACAUGCGGGUCGUUUGAGGAGCGUCAGAUCGGCGGUGAGCGUUAUAACCUAUUUUCCGAGUGCCCCAAGGCAAAGACGUGUACCCUCGUGCUACGUGGAGGAGCAGAGCAGUUCAUCGCCGAAGUCGAGCGGAGUCUUCAUGACGCUAUCAUGAUCGUCAAGCGUGCACUGCGAAACACAACCAUUGUUGCAGGUGGUGGGGCAUGCGAGUUGGAACUAUCCGGAUAUCUCCAUCGGUAUGCCGACCGGAAUGUUCCCCACAAGCAGCAAGCCGUUGUCAAGGCUUUUGCCAAGGCUUUGGAGGUUAUUCCCCGUCAGCUGUGCGACAAUGCAGGCUUUGACGCCACGGAUAUUCUAAACCGUCUGCGAGUGGAGCACUACAAGGGUAACACCUGGGCAGGUGUAGACUUCGACCAUGAGGGCGUCCGGGAUAACAUGGCCGCGUUCGUGUGGGAGCCGAGUCUGGUCAAGGUGAACGCCAUCCAAGCAGCUGUGGAAGCUGCUUGUCUGAUUCUGAGCGUUGACGAGACCAUCAAGAACGAAGAAUCCGCUCAACCUCAGGCACCCGCCCGUGGAUUGCCUCCAGGUGCUGCACAACGGGCUCUCGGUGGAGGCCGAGGCCGUGGUAUGCCGCGAAGGGGACGAUAG